GCCUCGCCAUGGUGGAGCAGGGAGACGCGGCGCCGCUGCUGCGCUGGGCCGAGGGCCCCGCCGUCUCCGUGCCGCAGGACCCCGCGCUGCAGGCGCGGGGAGGAUGGACCCGGGGCGGCGGUGGGAGCGGCCGAGCGGCUGCGGAAGCGCCCCGAAGGCGGGAACCCGACGAGCCAGCGGCCCCCGAAGUGCUGCUGCAGCCCGGGCGUCUGGAGCUGGGCGACGUGGAGGAGGACCAGGUGGUGGCUGUGUUCGUGGUCACCUUCGAUCCCCGCUCGGGAAACAUGGUUGAAUGGUGCUUGCCGCAGGAUAUCGACCUUGAAGGUGUGGAGUUCAAGUCUAUGGCCAGUGGGUCCCAUAAAGUUCAGUCUGAUUUCAUUUAUUUCCGGAAGGGUCCCUUCUUUGGCCUCGCGUGCUUUGCCAACAUGCCCGUGGAGAGCGAGCUGGAGCGCGGCGCACGGAUGAAGUCCGUGGGUAUCCUCUCUCCGUCCUACACCCUGCUGUACCGCUACAUGCACUUCCUGGAGAACCAGGUUCGACACCAGCUGGAGAUGCCGGGACAUUACUCUCAUCUGGCCGCCUUCUACGAAGACAAGAAAGGGGUGCUCCAUGCUGGCCCUGGGAGGGGCGGCAGCUUGCCACCGGUCUACUGGCUGCCCUCCAUCCACCGCUACAUGUACCCUGAGAUGAAGAUCACACACCCGGCUGGCUGCAUGUCUCAGUUUAUUAAGUUCUUUGGAGAACAAAUCCUCAUCCUUUGGAAGUUUGCCUUACUCCGAAAGCGCAUUCUGAUAUUUUCUCCCCCGCCCGUGGGCGUCGUGUGCUACAGAGUGUACUGUUGCUGCUGUCUGGCCAACGUCUCGCUGCCUGGCAUUGGGGGCACCGUCCCUGAGUCGAAGCCUUUCUUCUACGUGAGCGUGGCUGACAUCGAGAGCCUGGAAGUUGAGUUGUCCUACGUAGCCUGCACCACAGAGAAGAUAUUUGAGGAGAAGCGGGAGCUGUAUGACGUCUACGUGGAUAACCAGAACGUAAAGACACACCACGACCACCUGCAGCCCCUGUUGAAGAUCAACAGCGCAGACAGGGAGAAAUACCGUCGGCUCAACGAGCAGAGGCAGAUGCUGUUGUACUCCCAGGAAGUUGAGGGUGACUACAACCCUUGUGAAGAAGACCUCUUUGUUCUGUUUUUCCUAGAGCAAAACAACCGGAUUUUUCAGACUCUAUUGGAGGUAUCUGCCAGUCAAGACAAAACUUUAACAGCAGAGCAUGCCCGAGGCAUGGGCCUGGACCCCCAGGGAGACAGGAGCUUCCUCAUGGACCUACUGGAGGCCUACGGCAUCGAUGUCAUGCUGGUCAUUGAUAACCCCUGUUGUCCAUAGGAAUAGUAGCAGGUCUGCUGACUCACCAGGGUUGACAGGAGCCUGGAGUGUACCCCAGGCCCUCAGCAGCUUCAGUUUUAACUGAAGUUGACACAAAGGACUGUUUAUAUCUCCAACAUGUGUAAUAUUUGCCAUUUCCUUUCUCUCCUUAGCCCCGGGGCUAAGGUGAGGCCACCUGGUUUUGUAGCCUUUGGGUUGUACAUGGGAAUCUACUGUCUUCCACUGCUGCUGCUCUGGGUGUAGUCUGAGGAGAUCUGUCAGUCACAGUGAGUCAAACUCUGGGGUGAGCUGUGGGGAAAAUCUGUGCAUCUUAGUCCUUUGUUGCAUACAAGAAGAUAACCAUGUGCCCUAGUGUGGCCUUAGACGUUCAUCUGCCUAAACCAGAAGCUAAUCAGAUGACCUCCAGUGGCACCAAGUUCUAGGGUCAGGUUAGGAUGACCCAUUUGUCAUAGGACUAGUCUGCAUCUUCUAGAUUGACUGGUGUAGGGACCAUAGAGAAGGAAAACAGUGUUUCUGACAGAAUAGCAGGGAAAGGUGGAAAACUAGAACGAACCCCGGAAAUCCUUCCUACAGUAAGGGAAUGGUAGAGACGCAAUAUAACACACCCCACGCCCCCUUCCCGCAUCCCAAUUCUCAACCCAUUUCAAGGGAAUUGGGAACUUAGAACUUACAAGCAAAUUCGUUUGACAUUUGUCUCUUUUGAGGGAUAAAUAUCUUCUUGGAAUAACAGGUUCAAACAGGCAAGGGAGGAAACCUCAAGUUUCUCUGAUCGUUUGCAGUCCUGAAGCAGAUACCUCUAGUGGAUUCUGAAAUGUAGCCAGGGCCCAAGCUGGUUGACUCAGAGGUUGGGAUGUGGUGUGACCAGCUCUCUUAACCAGUUUGAAGCUCCUUAGACUUCUCUUUAGCAGAGACAACAUCCCUUAGGCUAAGCAAUUGGAUCCAUAGAUCUAACAGAUUUGACAGGGAAAAUUUAACAGUGCCUCCCCUGCCAAGAGAAUAGCUGGAAACCUAGACUAACAACCACACCCACUCCCUUUGGUCUAGCUCACCCUGUUCUUUGGGGCUGGGUCGCUUGUGACUGCUAAGUUACUAGAUGGCAUUAGGUGAGAGGUAGUUGUUAGCCGUACUCAGAAAGCCAGCUCUAAUGCUAGUCUCCUUAAAGAUUUUGAUUGAGAUUUUGCAUCUUUUCCUGGGCUCUUCCUGCCUUUGUUUUAUGUGACUAGCUAGCUAGCCAUCAGGCAUCCACGUCUGUGGCCAGAGAGCAGCCAAGCUGAUGUCUGCAGCAGAGAGGACUUCACACGGAGGGGCUGUGACUCUAAUCUCCCUCAGUUCUAGGUUCUUGGGGGCUCGCUGCUUAAGUAUUUUCACUGUAGUUCCCUGAUUUUUUUUUUUUAAUCAAGAGUGAUGAGAUUUGCGUGUGUGGAAAUGCAAAUACACUGAGUCAGGGUAAUAUCUUUUCUGUAAAUAUACAUAAAUAAGUUUAGGCACUGACAUAAACUUAUAAUACAUUUUUCUCCUCUGCCACGUGGGUUUAGCCAUCGUUCCAGUAACGUGUUUACAGAAAGCACAGCUGUGCUCAGUGGCUGGCGUUUCACCUGCUUCUUCCUUAUGGCUCCCUUCUCCUGUUGGCCCAGGGCUGACUGAGCAGGCGCCAUCUGAUGCUGGUGAAGCAGCACUUCUUCUGGUGACCUAAGAGCUCACUGUUGGGCGUAGAUAGAUAGUCAGAGAUAGGAAGGGCCCAUUUCGGAGAACCUCCCCGGAGCCUUCUGCUGGCCAACACUGUUUCCUGUGCUGUAGUAGCUGCGAGCUGAGAAGUCCCGAUGUGAAAACAGCAGCUGUUUUCCUGGGGUCCCUGAGUGCCCCUCCCACCCAUGCAGAGGGCCAGUGUAUGGGUGCCGCAGAGGGACAACCACCCUGAGACAUGUCUUAGGUCAACAGGUUCUGGGCUUAGCUGGCCCCAGAGCAGAACUUCUUGUUCAGCAUCCCUUCAAUCCUUUCCUACCUUGCUGCUUCCUCCUGGGGUCGGAACCUGGCACAGGCCUCUCUCUGUGUGGCCCAAAGGCAUGCAUGCUAGCACCUCCACGGAUCAGCUUCAAAGGAGUGUGUCUCAGACGUGAAGCCCUGCCUGUACCACCGAGAGGUCUCUCUUCACACCAGACUGCUCCCCCAGUGGCAGCAAACAGAUGCAAGCCCGCCUCACAGGCUGCAACUCCCUAUAAAGGGAAGUAGUUUGUGUAGAACUGUAAAGGAAGUCCCUUUGCCAUGAGGGCAGAAGCUAGGAGCCAGGGAUUUGCUUUUUUUUUUUUUUUUUUUUUGCCAUUCUUGAAAUACUUUCUGAAGAACCAUCUGGUUUGAUUUGGAAGAAGUUAGUUGACAUCCUUCAGAGCUCUCUAGGUCUGACCGUCAGCCGAGGCGGGCAUUUUUGUUAUCACUGGCCGCUAGGGAACAGGUUAAAAAUUCAGACUUGGGUGCUGCCACUGUGCUGGUGACCCUCAUCAGAUCCUGAGCUAGCAGAGACCUCUGGGGAGCACUAAACCCCCAUCCGUACCAUGCUGGGAACCAUGUGCCAUCCUGGAAGCACUUGCUGAUUUCCAUGGCUGGCUACCCAGGGAUUUUUAAGUUAGAAGAAAUUACAAAUGGCAGCAAUCCUCAGGAGCCUGAAAUUGGGGUUCUGGAUUUGUGGACAUCCAUAUUAAGUAUAAGAUACUAAGUAUAACAAAGUCCUGCUUAAAGUGGAUGGUGUCAAUUUUGUUAGCAGAUGGUAGGUAAUAUUUAACCAGCUAUUGAUUGGCUCAGGACUUUCUCCAGAAGGAGUAAAAAAAAAAAAUAGAGCUUAUCUCCUACCGGUCUUCAAAGGAGGGAAGGCCACGUCAUUGCUUGGUAUUAGCUUUGGCUUUAACUGUGAGGCCUUCCCUCUGCUGGGCGCAGAUCCAGGCCAGUGUCAGUGUCCUACCUGGGGACCAUAUGGUCCCCCUAGUUAGGAGUAAAAUGUAACAGGAGGCAUUUACCUCCCCCCCACACCUCCCACCCUCCCUGGCUGUGGGAAAGGAGCUGUUUCCAUUGCUGUGACAGAAUUGGACAGGAACUUGAAACUGGAACUCACCUUGCUGGAUAUCAUAGGAAACCAGGAUAAGUGAGGGCGAACUCAGACGGUAGUGCCAAAUGCUUCAUGGGAAGGGUCACACGCAUAAUUGUCUAACAUUUUGACCAGAAGAUAGAGGUAGGUUAAAUCAUAGCAUAUUGCUGUGUUCCUUAAUGGUGGCAAGGGGGAUGAACUCAGCUUUCCACUGGGGCUUUCUGGAGACUUUUAAAGGGUGGUAGUAAAUUAGCCUUCUGGUGGCAAACACUAGCUAGCCUCCUGGAGACUCAGGAACCGUCUUCUCCCUUAGACUGCACAAGCGAAGAGUGGACUGAGGUGCGCUCUCCAAGUUCAGUGCUUAAGAAGGGUUACGGGGUGUGGAUGAAUAGAACUGUAGGAUAGCCGUGCGGUGGUGGCGCACGCCUUUAACCCCAGCACUCGGGAGGCAGAGGCAGGCGGAUCUAUGUGAGUUCGAGACCAGCCUGAUCUACAAGAGCUAGUUAGUUCCAGGACAGCCUCCAGAGCCACAGAGAAACCCUGUGUCGAAAAAACAACAAAACAAAACAAGAACUGCAGGAUAAUGCCGAGUUUCACAGUGAACUUGCCUUUUGAUGAGAAGAGCUUGAAAACUGACAAGAAUGUCUGUAGGAAGACCAGCAGGCCCUCGAGGGCUGCUAUCUCCCCACUGGGUUUCCAGGCUAUGACUCUGAGAGCUGUCCACUGCUCCCAUUUCUCCCUUAUAGCUGUUCCAGCCCAUGGCGAGGAUCCUGUGAGUCUGUGGGCUUACCUCCACGGUCCGGUCUCAUCUCAUGAAAACCAUUUUCUGAUUCAGGUAGGGGAAGGGGAGGAUCUGAAGGUUCCUUUAUACCCAAGUCGUGGGUUUUGACUGUUCCACUUCACUGCUAAUAUACCUCUGUUCCCAGGAGCUACUGGAGUACUGGUUGUUGUAGGGAAAAGACUGUGAAUCAAGGUAACGUUUUUUCCUAUGAGAAACGGAAGUCUAUUUUUUAUAGCCGUGUAACUGAGUGGUGAAUUGAGUACUACAGUGUUGAAACGGAAAGGGAUUGCAAAGUUAUAAUCUAGGAAGAAAUGGGCAGCUUUAUAAUUUGAUGGCAGCUGAGGCCCUUAGAAGUGUCGUUGACCAUGACAGUGUAUUGAAGUAUGAGCACAGACUGUGAUGUAUUUUUCCAGCAGCUCUAGUUGACCUGGGAAAGAGGAGAUAGCCAUCAGCCUUGGGUGAAGCUUCAGGACAGAAGGGAGUAAAUGCUGUCUUCCAGCGACCGCUCCCUCUUGGCCAAGGGGGAAGGUGGGAAUGGGGGGGGGUAGUUUUCUAACUGGCACUUUAAUUCACUGUAGCACCUGGAAGUUGGGUGAUGUUGUAAAUAUAGAAAAGGAAUAGGAAUUUUUCUGGUGCUAUAUAGGGAAUGAAGUUGAGAUAAAUAAAACUCUGCUUUCAUCUUCGUAGAACUUAGUCUAGGAUUUCAACAUGGCUCUGGCUCUUAGAACCAUGUUGAUUCAAAUUCUGAAAUGUGACAGCAGAGGAUUUUUUUUUUUUUAGUUUGCAGCAGGUGCCUGCUCUCUCAGUCUAAUGGUGAGUUUACUUGCUUCCUAACCCUACGGGGGCAGAACAGGGUUUUAUAAAUUGUGCAUAGAUGGAGCUUCAAAGUGAAAAGCCCAUACAGAGCAAAUGCAUUUGAUUGACAUUGUAUCUGGGUAAAUUAAGUAAAGACAUAUAAAAAGUUAGAAAAAUGAACUUUGAGUUUGCUAUAUCCACAUCAGCCAUCAGAAAUUGGGGAUUCUGGGCUUCUGAACUGCCAGCACUAGGUGGCUUCUGGGAUUCCGGGUGGAGGUAAAAACAAAACAAAACAACUUCCUUUAAUUGUCCAAAACUUGCUGGCUAAGUUUUUAUGUAAAUCUGGAAUGUAAUCCUUUCCUGAAAAAGAAACGGUUGUAACCAAGGAAAUCUGUUUUCCUAGUUGUUUUUUUUUUCUUUUUAAAACCUAAGUGUCCCUGUUGCCUUAAAUGUAAAAAACGUAUUUUGAUUAACAACCCCAGCCUAAGAGUUAUAGCAAUAAGAGAACCCGAAUCUAUUUUUGUUUCAAGCCUUUACCUCAUAUGACAAAGUCAGAAGGAUAAUUGGUAAGUCUUGCUCUGGGUACUACUGCAGACCGGUGUAUCCUCUCUCUGUGUCUUCAACUGUGUAUUAUUUACAGAUCUGAAGAAAGCUGGGCUUAACCCUGAGGCUAAGUGUAAAUGUUUCUUGAGUUGAUUCUUUCCGUGGUACAAGUAACACCUGUGUAUAUCAUAUCUGUAUAUAUCUGAACCAAGUUAUGUGCAGAGGUUGAUAAUAACUAUAUUUACAAAGAAAAACCCCAAUUUUUACAAUUAAAGUUCACAUUUUAACAUGA